AUGGGCUUAUAUUUCAAGUGGCCAUUAGGGGCCCCUAUGCUGGCAGCAAUAUAUGCAAUGAGUAUGAUUUUAAAAAUGCUGCCUGCCCUGGGUAUGGCGUGUCCACCCAAAUGCCGCUGCGAGAAGCUGCUCUUCUACUGCGACUCUCAGGGCUUCCACUCAGUGCCAAACGCCACAGACAAGGGCUCCCUGGGCCUGUCCCUGAGGCACAAUCACAUCACAGAGCUCGAAAGAGAUCAAUUUGCCAGCUUCAGUCAACUUACCUGGCUCCACUUAGACCACAAUCAAAUUUCAACAGUAAAAGAAGAUGCUUUUCAAGGACUAUAUAAACUUAAAGAAUUAAUCUUAAGUUCCAACAAAAUAUUUUACUUGCCAAACACAACUUUUACCCAACUGAUUAACCUGCAAAAUUUGGACCUGUCUUUUAAUCAGCUGUCAUCUCUGCACCCAGAGCUCUUCUAUGGCCUUCGGAAGUUGCAGACUUUGCAUUUACGUUCCAACUCCCUGCGGACUAUCCCAGUACGCCUGUUCUGGGACUGUCGUAGUCUCGAGUUUCUGGAUUUGAGCACAAACCGUUUGCGAAGUUUGGCCCGCAAUGGAUUUGCAGGAUUAAUCAAACUGAGAGAGCUUCACCUGGAGCACAACCAGCUGACCAAGAUUAAUUUUGCUCAUUUCCUGCGGCUAAGCAGUCUGCACACGCUCUUCUUACAGUGGAACAAAAUCAGCAACUUGACGUGUGGGAUGGAGUGGACCUGGGGCACUUUAGAAAAGCUGGACCUGACUGGAAAUGAAAUCAAAGCCAUUGACUUGACAGUGUUUGAAACGAUGCCUAAUCUUAAAAUACUCCUCAUGGAUAACAACAAGUUAAACAGCCUUGAUUCCAAGAUCUUAAACUCCCUCAAGUCCCUCACCAUCGUUGGCCUCUCUGGCAAUCUGUGGGAAUGCAGCCCCCGAAUAUGCGCUCUGGCCUCCUGGCUGGGCAGCUUCCAAGGUCGGUGGGAACAUUCCAUCCUGUGCCACAGCCCUGACCACACCCAAGGAGAGGAUAUCUUAGAUGCAGUCCAUGGGUUUCAGCUCUGCUGGAAUUUAUCAACCACUGUCACUGCCAUGGCUACAACUUACAGAGAUCCAACCACUGAAUAUACAAGAAGAAUGAGCUCCUCAAGUUACCAUGUGGGAGACAAAGAAAUCCCAACUACUGCAGGCAUAGCAGUUACUACUGAGGAACACUUUCCUGAACCAGACAAUGCCAUCUUCACUCAGCGGGUAAUUACAGGAACAAUGGCUUUAUUGUUUUCUUUCUUUUUUAUUAUUUUUAUAGUGUUCAUCUCCAGGAAGUGCUGCCCUCCCACUUUAAGAAGAAUUAGGCAGUGCUCAAUGAUUCAGAACCACAGGCAGCUCCGAUCCCAAACACGACUCCAUAUGUCAAACAUGUCAGACCAAGGACCAUAUAAUGAGUAUGAACCCACCCAUGAAGGACCCUUCAUCAUCAUUAAUGGUUACGGACAGUGCAAGUGUCAGCAGCUGCCAUACAAAGAAUGUGAAGUCUAACACCUGCCCGGCACCAGAACGCCCAGCAGAUAAGUCACCUCUGUUGCAUAGUAGGGGCUGCAUACAUAUCUAAUUU